UCUAACAAACACCACAUUCAUUGAUUCAUUCAUUCACAGUUGCAAUGCUGCGGAGCCAACGGGUUCCAGGACUGGCGCGAGAGUGCCUUCAACGGCAAGGACGGGGUCCCGAACCUGGGUGCCACGUUGGACAGUCUUCUGACGUACCAGGUACCGGAGUCGUGUUGCAUCGAGAACCUGGACAAGAAAUCCUGCGAGUCUGCGACCAAGAUCGACGUCGGCACGUCAGUCCUCGACAGUAUCACCGGUGGAGUCAUCCCGAGGAAUAUCUACACCAAGGGCUGCACGGAGAAGCUGAUCCACGUAUUCGAAAUACAUCGGGAAUAUUUUCUGGCAGUCGUCCUGUUUGUUGCAGUAAUCGAACUCAUCGGAAUGAUUGUGUCUAUGGUAUUGUGUUGCGCCAUCCGACGACUCGACGAUGCCAAGGUGUAAGAAUAAAAAAGGAAACCACGUCAAGGACUCGAAAAGAAAUGGGAAAUUUAAUUUGACAUUUUUUUUUAUUGAUUUACGACGCAAGUGCUUCGCUUUUAAUUUUUUUUUCACGCGACACCGAAAAGUAUGCAGAAAAAUCGUAUGUCGAAGAAAACGGUAAAUUUCUUUUUGAUCGCUUACGAAUUUGCUUCGGCGUAAUUUCAAUUCGCAUUUCUGUUAGAUUUGAAGCAUUUUCAAAGAGUAUAUAUGUCAGUAAGCCUCAACAGACUUUCGAGAGGUACGAGAAAUAUGUUGAUAAAUCUCUUCCAGAAUACAAUCAGAUCUGUCAACUAAUGGUGAAAACGUGUGCAAGAUGUCGUUGGUUUGCUAUGGGGACUUUUUACGGGACUUCUAAAUUUUUACAGACAUUUUCCUGCUAUUUCGUCGCUGGAGGAAAAAAUCUUCACUGGAAAUGUAAUCGCGAAAAAAAAAGAAAAAACGAUUGGCGUGAUGUGGAGGAAGAACAAUUACCUUUUUUGCCGGCUUUUUUGUUGUCUCGAUGAUCGGCAACCAGUUCAUCUGCUAAGCUUUGCAAUCCUUCUGUUGAGUUUGUGUUCAAGAGGAACUUCUGACUCUAUCAUCUUUGAACGAAAGCGUUCGGAAAACUUUUUUUUUUAAAGGAAAGCUUAUCUUGCCAAAAUGCCGAAAGAGGGACAAAAUUGAAUUCAGCUUACAUCUAUUGUUUUGCUGAAACUCCGUGUUUAUGCCAUUGAGUUUUUAUUUUUCUUGGUUUUUUUUCUGGAUGCUUUAUAAACGAACGAAAAAUACGUUGGCUGGAUUUUUUUUUAGUUUGUAUAUAUGCAGGUCGUUCUUUUUUUUUUUUGUGUAACGAGAUCGGGAAGAAUUUCUUUUGUGUGUCAAUUGUAUUCAGGAUGUGUGGCUAAUUUGUUUUUGUGCAAUAGUCAAGUUCGAUUCCGCUCGUCUGAAAGCACAACCUUCGUUUCUUUUUCUUUGUUCAUGGUGUAGACUUUCAAAUCGACAAUCGUGGAGAAAUGUGUGGAGUUCUUAGGAUUUAUGAGCGGGUGUUUUCUGUGUUAUACUUUUAAGUUUUGAACGAAAACCUGGGCUGAGAAAAUGGGGUCUCAGAAUCUUGCCACUUUAUCCUGAUUUUUUUGUUGAGUGCGAGGCUUUUGAAAAAAAAAAGAGAAUUACAUGCUUUUGAGACGCCGA